AUGUUAACUGCCACCCGAAACGAGCGAAUCGACAAUUACAGCCCGAAAGACAAUCCGCAGCUAACGGGAAAGAUACCCACCGAAUACCACAACGUCGAGCUGUCGAUCAACGCAUCUCGCGCCGCGAUCGGGUCAAACCAGUCGAAAUGGCACGCGGAAGAAGAGGCAACGUACACACUGCGAUCGGGUCAAACCAGUCGGAAUGGCACGCGGAAGAAGGGGCAACGUACGUGCCAAGUGCGGACCGAAACCAACAAGGAAUGA